GGGAAGACUGGCUUGCGUUAGUGGGUGGGGACGGAUGGUCAUUGUGAGCUUUCUGGACACACAGAGACCCACAGAAUGGAUUUUCUCCGGCUUCGCCUCCCUGGGUUGCAUCAGGCCUUGAGGGGCGCACUGGAUUCCUUCAGUGCUUUUGUGUCUUACCUCGUAGGAGAUGCGGUCCCCACGGUAGAGAGGGAGCCGCAGGCAGCUGAGGAACUGGGGGAGGUGGCUGCAGGAGAUUCAGGGAAGGUUGUGGAGGAGGAAGCCCAGGAGGAACUGGAGGCACUUAGAAGUGGACAGAGCGAGAGGGUAGGAGUACCUGAAGAGACUAUAAGAUGCCAAGAAGGAAGUUUAGCUGGAGAACAGACCCAGGGGUGGAGAGCAGACAGCUCCACAAGGCGCCAAGCAGAAAGCCAGGACACUGGGUCCAGGAAGGCAGCUGAGGGGGCCAGGGGCCAGGAGCCAAGUGCUCCACUGAAGCCCGAGGCUGGGCCUGGGAUUCACAAAGACAGGACCAGUGGUAGAGCCCAGGAGAUCUGGGAGCACAGUGAGGAGGAAGAGAGCAGUGGAGAGCCCCUGAGAGCCUGUGAACAGAAGGAAGAAAAGGAGGAGGUGGUCAGAGCAGCAGAGCCAGGGAUGGCCAGAGGGGUGGAGUCACAGCCAACCUGGCACAGGGAGCCUCAGGGAAAUGCUGGCACUGAUGGGCAGAACGUAUCAGAGGAUGGCAAAGAGACAGACUGGGUGGCCCAGGAGGUAGCUGCAAAAACUGAGGGGUCUGAGGCCAGAGGGCCUGACAGGGAAGAGAAGAGGAUGGUCGCAAUGAGGGAUGGCCAUAGUGCAAGGGGACAGGGGACACAAGCCCCAGGGGCAGAAUCUGAGGACUGGGCCAUGUUGGGUAUAGAGGCCUGGGCAGUCUCAGGCAGGGAGGAGGCUAAUAGCCUAGGAAUUCAGGAAGCAGAAUUUGGGCCAGACCAAGGAGACAACAUUCCAGAAGCUCCUGGGAGACCCUGGGUCCUAGAAGAGACUUGCAAGGGAGACCAGCAAGAUGAAGUUGAUGAAAAGAGAGAGGAUGAAGUUAGGCUUCUCAUCCAGACUCUGGAGAUGGAAAGAACCGAGGAGAUGACUGAGGGCCAGAUAGCGGGGAGGGAGGCUGUGGGAGGCCAGGAGACGGGGGACAGCCUUGAGGAUGAGGGGAGGCAAGAUUUAGCUAUGGGGGAUAAUGGGGUGAGCCAGGAAGAGAAGAUGCAGGCAGAAGAGUCCCCUGAGGAGAAAAGGAGCUACCUGGCCACAGAGGCUAUGCUAGUUCUGGCUAAGGAGGCUAAAAAUGAGCCUGACUGGGAAGAAUCUCCAGAAGCCAAGCCUGAGGAAUUGUUUAUGGGAGAGAAGGUUGAGGCAGAGCAGAUGAGAGCAGAGGUUUUGAGAGUCAAGGUUGCUGAGGGACAGGAUGCUGAGGGACAGGACGCUGAGGUGAUGAGAGGUUCCCAGACCUUGACCACACAACUUGAGGAAGGACAGGGGUGUCAGGAAAUGACUAGGAAAGCUCCAGACCUGAGUUCAGAGGGCAUGCUAAGCUUGGAGGAAUAUCCCAGGCCUGUGGAGUUUGCAGGUCCUGAGCUAGAAGCCUGGGGAAACUGGAGAAGGGAUAUGGACAGCAGAAAUACCCAGAAGGUAAAAGCAGAUGCUGAAGCAGGUGAGGAAGAGAUUGUAACAGGGCAGGCAGUGGAGAUCCAGGCUGAAGGAGGUCAGAAGGCCCAACAGCCAGAGGUCCCAGGGUGGGGAGCAGAGGAGACAGGGGCAGGCCAGUCAGUGGGAGAACCCAAGCCCACAGAAGACAAGGCUAGCCAGGGGGAGGCUCCAGUGCCUGGGGAGGCAGAGAGAGCGUCCAGGAAGAGGGGGCCAGAGGAGGCAGCUCUGAGUCUGCAGGACAGGGAGGCUACACAGACCGGUUCUUUGGCUGCUGAGAUUAUCCUGGGUGUCAGGACUGUGGGGGCCGAGGAAGGGCCAAGAUGGGAAGCUGGGGUAGCUCCGGAAAGGGAGUUUGGGAAAGACUGGCAUUCCAAAGACAGAGGGGAGGCUGCGGGAGGCACCGAGCUGGAGGAGGCUGCAGAGAAGCAAAGUGGGCAGGACGUUGGCUUGGAGGGCUCAACAGAGGAGGUGUCCAGCUGUGACAUCCGAGAAAUUGGUGGGACUGGAGAGGGAGAGCAGGCUGAGGUGGGGACAUCUGUAAUGGCAGAAGGAGUAAGGGGAGCGGACGAUUUGACUUCAGGCUCCAGAGCAGAGAGAGCAGAGGGGUCCAAAACCACCACAGAGACAGAGGGGCUGGAGGAAGAGGCUGGGGGAGGGCCAUCAGGAGAGUGGAAGACCCAGGACUCCGAGGGAGAGACACAAAAGCUACAAGGUGUGGAGGAUGCCGUGAGCACAGGACACAGGACAGAGAUCAAGGAGACCGACCCUGAAGGUCUGGAGGACUCUUCAGGCCAGGAGACGCAGCCGGCACACCAGAUCCCCACAGUGGCUGUGCCUGGCUCCUCUGAAUCAGCUGAGGCCCCAGCGGGUGACCCAGGGGACGCUCACAGCGACUGGCAUGAGGCCCUGCUCCCUGGGUCCCGCCUGGAUGUCUCCGUCCCUCGGAGUCGUGUGCUUCUCUCACGAAAUUCCUCACGGCGGCGCUCGAGGCCCUCUUUCCGUCGUAUCUCUGCUCCUGAGCCGCAUUAUGACCCUCCCAGCCCCCAGCCCCAGGAGGAGCCCUCAUUCCCCGAGCCCUCCCCUCUUCAGCCAGAGGAAACUCCAGAGCCAAGUGCUCCAAGGACUCCAGUGCCAGCCAAGAGAAAAGUGCUGGGACAUGGGUUUGGCUUUGCUCAUCCGGGCAUGAUGCAGGAGCUGCAAGCCCGACUGAGCCGGCCAAAGCCACAGUGACAGGGCCUUCUAAGGGAGGGCCGGAAGGCUCUGCUGGAUCCUGGUCACCCCUGACUCCCUCAGCCACCGGAACACAGCUUUUUCACCCUCUGGGUCUCAGCUAAAUCAGAUGUUUCUCAAGACGCUGAAUCUAAGGAGUCUGAUUGCCCAGUGUGAGCUGCUCCAUUGGCGUCUGUCACGGCUCUCCUUCCUGGUCAUCUUUCCCAUCCGUCUCAGCUACUCUGAAGACUGACUACAAGGAAGACAGGGUUGGGGAGACUAUUAUCCCCUAAAUUCUCCAUGUAUGAUCACCUUUCCCCCAAUUAACCAUCAAGAUGGAACCCCACUGAGAGCUGUGGAAGGUUACACACCUCUGGGGUAGAAGCCAGCCAGCCCCAAGAUAGGGGUUCAAGGGGCCGAAGGGCACCUCUUGGAUUUGAUGGCCAUGGGGAAGCUGACCAGUUGCUUUGAGUUUCCAAAAUGAUAGCUCACUAUCACAACUCUGCAGGUUACCAUGGUAACCCCUAGGCCGGAGCUGGGGAACGUUUCCCAGGAACUUGAAGAAUUUGGGAAUAGAGAGAGCUUAUGGGUAGCCAGAAGCUUCUGACUGACUUGACUACUUCCCAAGGUGCCCUGCCCUUUGGAUGUCAGACAUUCCUGUGAAACGAUGCGGAGGUACAA